AUGAUAAAUAGAAAGAAGAGUGCCAUAGACGAUUGUAGCAAAGCAAUAGAACUGAAUAAGCUUUAUGUUAAAGUUUAUCUAAGAAGGGCAAAACUUUAUGAAGAUACUGAAAAAUUAGAUGAAAGCCUUGAAGAUUAUAAGAAAAUUUUAGAAAUGGAUCCUGCAAAUAAAGAAGCUAGGGAAGCACAGAUUAGACUACCACCUAAGAUUGCUGAAAGAAAUGAAAAAAUGAAGAAUGAAAUGCUUGGCAAAUUGAAAGAUUUAGGAAAUAUGUUCUUAAAACCAUUUGGGCUAUCCACACAGAACUUUGAGAUGAAUCAAGACCCGAACAGUGGAGGAUAUUCAAUAAACUUUAAGCAAAAUCCAAAUGAACCAUCUCUAUGA